AAAUUGAUGGACAUAUGGUCGUUGUCACCGAGUCCAAACAGUGAAUACCUGUAUAUUCACAAAAGAAGAAGAAGAAGAAGUAUUCUCUAAAAAAUCUAUAAGCUAAGAAAGAAGGGUUUUAUUUAAAUUUAUGACAUAUAACAAUGAGUAAUAUCUAUAUCCAGGAACCUCCGACAACCGGAAAGGUUCUUCUGAAAACCACCGUUGGAGAUAUCGACAUUGAAUUAUGGUCUCGCGAGUGUCCAUUGGCUUGUCGCAACUUUGUGCAGCUUUGCAUGGAAGGUUACUACAAUGGAACAAUCUUUCACCGUGUUGUACGUGGUUUUAUAGUGCAAGGGGGCGAUCCCAACGGCGACGGUACGGGUGGGGAAUCGAUAUAUGUACAUCCGUUCAAGGAUGAAUUCCAUUCCCGGCUGCGCUUCGUUCGGCGCGGACUCGUGGCGAUGGCCAAUUCUGGCAAGAACGACAACGGGUCGCAGUUCUUUUUUACGCUUGGAGCUACACCAGAACUUCAGAAUAUGCACACGUUGUUCGGAAAAGUAGGUGGAGAUACAAUUUACAAUAUGCUGAAACUUGAGGAGGGGGAAGUUUAUGAGAAUGAGCGCCCACAUUUUCCUCACAAGAUACUGAAAGCAGAAAUCUUGAAUAAUCCUUUUCCGGAUAUUGUCCCGCGGGUACUGAAACAGAAAAAAUCCGAAGAAAAGGUAGAGAAACGAAAGAAGGAGAAAGGUGUUAAGAAUUACGGAUUACUUUCUUUCGGUGACGAGGCGGAAGAGGAAGAACAAGAGACAAAUGAUUUUGUACAGAAAAAUAUGACUGGAAAAGGCAAGAGUUCUCAUGAUGUACUGGACGAUUCGACGUUAAGUAAGCAGGCCAUUACUGAAGAGAAACCAGAAAGCAGUAAAGGCCGGGAACAAGACUCAAGUGAAGUGUCCAGUUCGGAUUCAGAAAAAGAUCAUAGCCCUGUAAGCGCUCGUGACAAAAAACGAGUAGAAGACGAAGCUAAAACUAUUCGGGAUAAAUUGAAACAAAGGAAACAGGAAGCCGUGAAGUCGAAUCAAAAAGAUUCAUCCUCGGAUUCAGACUCUGACUUUGGAUUGGAAAGUGAACGCAAAAAAGUGAAAAUGCAAGAGGCUGAAAAGAUACGAAAAGAAAUUAGUAAGCUCAAGAAAGACUAUCAAUCAGACAAACGAAAGGACCGCGAUAAGAUACAGAAAGAAGAAGACAGUAAAAAGAAGAAGGAAGUCAAAAGCGAAGUCAUGAAGGAGUUUUUCUCUGUGCAAGAGCAAUACUCUGAGAAGAAGCAACAACUACCGAAGAAAGGUGUUUCAAGAGAAAAUUUUACUUUGCAACUUUUGGCAAAAUUCAAAAAUAAGCUGCAAAACGUUCAGGAGCAAACGGACGAUGACAUGGUAGCCGGCGGGAGUCGUGAGGAAGGAGAUGAAGAAGAGGAUAUUCGGACUGAUAACUGGCUUUCGCAUCGGUUGCAGUUCGACAAAACUGACCCAAUCCUGGCUAAGGAUGCUGUCACAAAGGAUGACGAUUGGUACGAUGUGUACGACCCAAGGAAUCCGCUGAACAAACGUAAACGUGGUGAAAAGGUACAGACAAAGGAAAAGCCGCGGAAAUAAACUAAACUGCGUGUUUAUUCUAGUUAAUGGA